CCCUAAUAAUUUUCGUAAAGUCCCUAAAAUUCAACUGAAGCUCACUGACGGACAGACUGGACUUUAUGCUCAUAUAGGCUCAGAGAUGCAGUUAUUAUACAGUAUGAGUCUGUGUCAUCUGAACCAGUGUGAGAGAAACACAGUGACUAAGAGCAGUGAUGGUUAUAAAUAGGUCUACAGUAGUAUGGUGAGUUCACUGCCCCCUCCCAGUACAGUAAACCACAGAUCCCGGUGGGAUGAGGACCUUCCCCUCCGGACCGAUGCACCGUUUCCAUUCAUCUCCUCCUUUCUCCUACUAAUUACUUCCGACAGGCACGAGCUUACGUUAGAGUAACGUGCUCGCAUCGUGACAGGAGCUCGUAUGUUGGCGGCGCUCUCUGCUCCACCACCACCACCGCCACCAUCAUCACCAUCACCACCACCAUCAUCAUCAUCAUCAUCACCACCACCACCACCACCGCCGCCGCCUCUCGCCUUUCUCUCGCAGCCACACCCUCCCAUCUCCAUCUCGCACGCGUGCAGCUGUGCGGGGCUUGACGGUCGGUGCGUGCGUGCGUCUCCCUGUCGGGCACCCGCAGCAUCAGCAACACAAAAGGGUCGGAGCAGCCGGAGCCGGUGUUACCUCAGCGCUGAUCUGAAGGAGGAGGCGGAGGAGGAGGAGGAGGAGGAGGAAGACUCGCGUUAAGAACAAAAAGAGAGAAGGCGGCAGGGCAAAUUCCAGCCCUUCAGACGACUGUUUGGGAAGAAGAAGAAGCGGGAGGCGAAGGGGGGCGUCGAUGGAGCAGAGCUAAAGGCCAGUUUCUCUACUGGGGAAGUGUGUAACGGAGUUGUCUCUGAUGACGAGGAGUCCAAUCAGAAUCUGAGGGAGUUGAAUCCCAUCGGAUCUCGAGCUCUCUCACACGACAGCAUCUUCAUCCCAGAGGAUCCGGCGACAGAGUCCGGUCUGGAUCACAGCAUGUCCCAGGAAAACGUGUCGGAUAAAGUUCGGAAUCUGCAGAGGCAGAUAGCACAAGGUAUAAAGUUUGGCCAGAGGCCAUCUUCAAUGAGGAGGAGCGAGGGAGAUGAGGGGAGCUCGGAUGAGGAGGAGGUUCCCCGCAGCCCUCUGAAGGUGAUGGCCCAGGUAGAAGCCGAGCCACCGAAAACAGAGCCAAAGCAGGUCCCGGGGGCCCACGCACACACCACGCCGGUGAAAUCCCCCAGAUCCAAACGAGUUCUUCAUCCCACUGGUACGAUUGAGUCCAUCAACCUGGACGCCGUCCCGCAGUCUGUUCCUCGCUUGGACAACACCGCCGCCAAGCACAAACUGUCCGUCAAACCAAAAAACCAGAGGGUUUCCCGCAAGCACCGGCGCUUCACGCAGGACCUCCAGGAGGUGUCCAUCCCUGGUGUGGUGCAGGAGGACAUGGAGGCAGCCGGCGUCUCCGGUGACGACCAGCGCAGAGCUUCUGUUGAAGAGCCUCUGGAAAGCUUCAAGAAACAGAGACUCCAUGAGGAGGAGAGACAGGAGACGAGGAGGAGGAGAGAGCUGGAGGAGCAGAGGCUCAGACAGGACGAAGAGGAGAGGAGGAAGAGGGCCGAGGAGAUGAGGCUGCGUGAGCUGGAGGAGGAAAAGGAGAGGUGUCGUAAACAGCAGGAGGAGGAAGAGAGGAGGCAGAGAGAGGAGGCAGAGAGGAGGAGGAUGGAAGAGGAGGAGAGGAGGAUGAGAGAGGAAGAAGAAAGGAGGCGGCAAGAGGAGGAGGAGAGGAUGCAGAGGGAAGAAGAGGAAAGGAGGAUGAGAGAAGAGGAGGAGCGUCGACAGCGGGAGGAGGAGGAGGAGAGGAGGCGAGUGGAAGAGCAGAGGAGGAAAGAGGAGGAGGAGGAGGAGAGGAGGAAGCGAAAGGAGGAGGAAGAGGCGAGAAGGCAGCAGGAGCUUGAGGCUGAGAGGAGGAGGAAGCUGAGAGAGGAAGAGGAGGAAAGAAAGAAGGAGGAAGAGGCGGAGGAGCUGAGGUUGCAGGAGAUGGAGCAAAAGAAGAAAGUGGAGGCGGAGGAGAGGAUGAGGAAGGAGGAGAAGCAGAGGAGGGUGUCAGGGGAGGAGGCUGACGGCAGCUCAGAUCCACAGGAGAGGAAGAGGAGGGCGGAGGAGCUGCGCUGGAGGGAGAUGGAGGAGCGACAGAGGCCGUUCUCCUUCAAGGUUUCCUCUGGAGAGAAGCAGAUCUUGUUCCAGAAGGUCAACCUGACGCCUGUGACUCCGCCCCCCGGCCACCAGAGCGGCGCCGCAGCAGAACAAAGAGACGGAGCGAAGGCUUCGUCCUCUGACGGACCAGAAUCCCCCAACCUGCCGACGUCCCCGUACGUCCCCCACACGGCCAUCUUAGUGACAGGCGCUCAGCUCUGCGGGACCGCCGUCAAUCUGGACCAGAUCAAAGACACCGCCUGUAAGUCUCUGCUGGGGCUUGGCGAGGACAGAAAGGCUCAGGGGACUCCGCCCCCCAAGAGCAAGACUUCACCUGACCGCAAGUCUGGAAAAACCAAAUCACUCAACGAGUCCGCGCUCUCCACAGACCAGUCCAGCGCCUCCAUCCUGGCAGAGUGGGCGAGUAUCAGGUCCAAGAUAUUCAAGGGGGUGGAGGAGGGGAAGUACGAUGAGUACACAGACCUGAACAGGAACCAGCCUCAGCCCGGCGGCGAUGACCAGCCGGCGUUCUCCCACUCCAACCUCAGGAAGACCAUGUCUGCCAACGCCAAGUUCUCCAUCACCCCUGCGAAGAAGAAGUUUGGAGAUUCAAACAGAAACUCCGAGGUGUUCGCUGCCGACGACAAGGAAGCGGGAGAGGAAGCUCCUCCCACCGCCAGCCCCACCGCAGCCUCGCCAGCUCCGACCACCAAACCUCCGAACAGGACGAGUAAAACGGUCCGCAUCGUCGAGAGAGGGUCGGAGGAGUGUAUGUUUGCCAAAGACCUGCCCUCCUUCCUGGUUCCCAGCCCCGGAGACAAACCUGACGGGGCGGAUCUGAAGAGCAGGGCUCUGAGCGAGACGGAGGCGUCUGACGGCAGAGAGGAGGGGGAGGAGCGGGGCCAGGAUGGCGAGGAGAAGCCGUCGCCUUUUGGCAUCAAGCUGCGGAGGACCAACUACUCCCUGCGCUUUCACAGCGAACAGUCCACCGAGAAGAGGAAGAAACGCUACAGCGCUGGAGACAGCUUCGACGGCGUCCCCUCGCCUCUUACUCCCAUGGAGCCGGACUCUGACGCCUCCUCUGUCUUCUCCGAUAAAUCAAGUCCUGCCUCGCCCCAGAAAGAAGGCGUGGUCUGCAAGUACUUACAUGCAUCUGCCUCCCCCGCCGUCCCUCGGGCUAAACCGGGUAAGUCCACCAGCCCGACCCCGCACAGCGAGGGUGAGAAAGUGCUUUCAAAACCGCCGCUCUACCGAAGACCGACCACGUCACCCAAACCCACCGGAGCGGUCCCGACACCUCCCCCAUCGCCGCUUCCUAAAGCGGUCCACGUGCCGCCCGGCGACUCUGUGGCUCCCGUCCUCUCGUCCAGCCAGGAGCAGACGAGCAGGAGCGAGGAACCUUCAGCCGUGGCACAUCUGCACCGCAGCAGCCAGGUCCACGGGGAGGAGGAGCCCAAGGAGAAGAGGUCGUUCUUCCCCUCCAUCAACAUCCCCUGGAGAGAGAAGGCGGACAGGAAGACGGAGCUCAUCAGGAGAGAAAAACCGUCCCUUCAGAGCAGGCACUCGCUGGACAGUGCGAAGGUCCAGGAGAAGGAGGCCGGACCCUUGUGGAUCACACUGGCUCUGCAGAAGCAGAAGGGCUUCAGGGAGCAGCAGCAGAACCGAGAGGAGCGCCGCAGCCAGAGAGAGGCCAAGCUGGCUGAGAAACAGGCGAGAGAGAGAGACAGCGUGACACUGGUGAGUCCCACCGAGAGCAGAGGCAGCGGGAGCUCCAGUCCUUCCUCUAAACCUCAGACCCCAGAGGAGCCCAAGAGACCCGACAGCCUCCUGGGACGGCUGGAGCGCAGAGAGCAGCUGAAGAAGGCCAACACUUUACCCAGCUCCGUCACCGUUGAGAUCGCGGACUCGACGCCGUCGCCACCUGCUGUCAAAGACGUGUCAAAGCGCUUCCCCUCCACUGACUCUCCGCAGGUGUCCACAGAGCCGGCCUGGCUGGCGCUGGCCAAGAGAAAGGCCAAAGCCUGGAGCGACUGCCCUCAGAUCAUCAAAUAACCCCCCCCCCCUCCCUCCCCCCAGCUCCCCUCCCCCCAACCCCAGACCCCCUCCACCCGUCCAGCUCCACUCUGGGCUCUGGCACACUCACCUCCCCCUCCCAAAACUCCCAUCUCUCACCACGAAAACCCUGCUGACUGUGAAACAAGUAGAGCCCUCCAUCACCUGACCCCACACACACACACACACACACACACACACACACACACACACUGGCUGGUACUAUUAUCAUCAUUAUAAAGUGCGCUUCACAUUCAAAUAUUCCAAUACAACUGCACAGAUAUAUGUAAACAACUGUUGCGAGCAUGCACACACUGUAUACACACACUGUAUAUGUCCUGAGACGACGGUCCUCAGCAGCCAAUCACAACCAUGGCUGACCAUUGCAAUAGCCAACCCCAUUUUAUUAUUAUUUUAUUUCCAGUUUGUAGGCGACGAUGUCACCAUGGUUGUAAAUAAACCACCUGCUCAACACAGUAGAAGUGUUGUGUGUUAGAGAGGUGAAGCUCUGACAUGUGACAGUGUCGGAUCAGCUGAGGGGAACUGUCUGAACCGUGUUUUAAGGGCUACCAGUACUAACAAUAACUCAGCUGAGGGAGGGAUGUUUAUGUGAAGCAGCGGGUCGAUCUGUGUUGAAACGAUACUGUGUCUCUUCUCUGAGCCUCGUUUGUCAUGUACAGAAGAAGAAGAACAAGAAGAAGAACAACAAGAAUUUUCUCUUUUUUUUUUUUUUUUUUUUACACUCAUACUUGGAAACUUUAUCGUAACAAACUCUCACUGUGUCCGUGAUUACUGUGACGGCUGUCCACCGAGCUAUUGUACAAUUCUGCCAUUAUGAAGUAACAGAAUCUGAAAUAACCACGCGGUGUUUGCACCUGAACACAGCACUGAAGUGUUACCGGGCAUUUGGACAGUGAGCUGAGCUGCACACACACCGACCCUCACAGCUGUGUGACGGUUUGCUCUGGACGUGACGGACACGACACCUGCUUGCUGUAACAUGCGACUCUCGUACCUGUCCUCCUGUGACACACCUGUGUUCGUGGGCUCGACGCCUCCACUUCCUCGUUAAUGUGAUACGAUCUGACACGAUGUAAAAGAAACAUUUGCUCUAUAACACAAAAAAGAAAAAAGAAAAAAAAAAAAUCCUACUGCAUUCUCAUUUCUUGCCACUCACUUAAUGAUCUGUAUGUAUGUAGGUAUGAACUGUAUGUGAGUGGAAGGCGUUAGCAGAGCUGCGGUCAGAGAGAGUCACUCUGUCAUUUCGUUUCUAACUUUGGUCGUGCACAAUAGUGUAGUGUACGCAGUGUUAUAUGUAACAAAAAAAUGUUUGGUAUUAUUUGCACUUUUUUCUCCCACUUAGAGAUAUUCAUGAGAAGAUUCUUAAGGAGAUACAAAAUGUUAUGAAUAAUGUAAAUUAAAUACUGAUGUCUGAA